UGUGCCGAUUCGGAAAAACACGAAACGAGGAGUUCACUUCCAACAACACGCACCUCGAAGGAGACGAUGAGCAAGAGUGCGACGGCAGCGGCAACGACAGGGCGCAAGGACUUGAGCGAAAAGCAAGUCCUCGCCCGCACGCGCGCCACGAGCCUGGAGGAUGUUCAUCACCUCAACUGCUGGGGCAGCAAGAUCACCGAGGCGACGCUGCUCAUGAAGAUGCCAAAUGUCGAGGUGGUUACCCUCAGCAUGAACCGACUGUCUUCGCUGCGGUACUUUGAAGGGUGCAAGAAGCUUCGCGAGCUGUACCUGCGCAAGAACCAAAUCAAAGACUUGCAAGAGCUGGCAUACUUGAAAGACCUCCCGGAGCUGACAGUGCUUUGGAUGUCCGACAAUCCCGUCGCCACCGCCGAUAACUACCGCGCCACCGUCAUCAGAAACCUCCAAUACCUCACAAAGCUCGACAACCAAGACGUCACUGAGGAAGAGCGCAGAGCAGCGGAAGAGAGUGGCGUGCUCGUGUCUCGCGACGAUCUCCCUGCACAGCAGCAAUCACAGGCUGAUGCACAAGAAGAAGGAGGAGAGGCACCUGUGGAUGCCGAGAAAUCCAUCCCCAGACUCUCUGCCAGCCGAAAGCUGCCCACACUGUCUCCUCAACAACAACAACAACAGCAGCAGCAGCAACAGCAGCAACAGCAGCAACGAACACACACAAGCACAAGCAGCUUGCCGGCAACCUCUGACGCGCUGAAGACGAGAACGGCAGCAGACCCAGGCCAGGCCGCCCUUGCAGCCAUCAAGCAGCUGCUACCGCUUCUCAACACAGAGCAGCUCAAGGACGUCAGAUCCAUUGCCAAGAAACAGAUUCUUCUGGCUCCUCCAUGACGUCGUGUCUUUUCGUGCGUGUGAGCGAGAACGAGAGCAGCAGAGUUGAGUGAGACGUUUGAGCAGGAAAGUUGAGCGAGGAUGAGUUGAAGUAAACAAACCACAGGCA